AUCAAUAAAUGAUAAUUGAUGCUCAUGAGUUAUUGGCUAAAUAAUAGAUUUGGUCAGUAGCAUAUUAGAAAAACCCAAAUUUGUAGUAUAUAAGCCUUAAGCCAAGAUCGUGGCAAAUCAGUGUAUAAAAAGUUCUUAAAGAGUUCGGUCUUAAAGUGUCUGAAAUACUUGUUCAUAUGAUAACAUUACAUUUGUUUCUUUGCUCUCUAGCAGUUUUGUGGAUAUAUUUCCUAUGGAGUCGACGUCGGAUUUAUAAGUUAAUGUUAGAGCUGCCCGGACCUAUUGGAUAUCCUAUUAUUGGAUCCACCUACGAACAUGUCAUCCAAAAAAAACGUAAAAUCAGCGUUCGAACAAAGUAUUUUAACAAGUACGGCAACACAAUUUUAACUUGGAUUGGUCCAGUGCCAAUUGUGAUUACCCGAGAUCCAAAUUUUCUCAAGGAUGUUUUUGCAACUUGCCACAACAAAAGUGUGCAUAUGGUAAAGGCGAUUACUAACUGCAUGGGUAAUGGAAUUUUGAGCACGCAAGAUCCUGCUUGGCAUGAGCAUCGUAAAAACAUAAGCCCAUCAUUUAAACUAGAUCUCCUUCUCACUUUCUUGCCCAUUUUCGAGACCGAGGCAAAUCGCUUGGUGUCCUUGCUGGAAACUUAUGUAGAUAAGGGCGAGAAGAGUGUUAUUCGGGAUAUGCUGAGGUGGUCAGUUAGAAUAGCAGCUCAAACUACCUUGGGACCUGAUGUUAAAGAGGAGGAACUAUUCAAAAACGAUACUCUGGUGGAAAAAUUAAAUGCGUUGAUUAGUCUAACGACACUUAAUCUUAUAAAUCCCUUGGCUCAAAAAAAAAUAAUUGUCAAUCUAUUCGGACAUGAAAAGCAAAAAACUGCUCACGUUGCAGAAGUUUUUAAAAUGGUGGACAAUGUUGUUGAAAAGCGGCUUAACUCAAAGGAAGAAAGUUCAGGUGUCGAGUCGAACAUCUUGGUUAAUAUAGCAAUCGAUCUGUACCGUAAAGGCGUUAUAAAAUAUAACGACAUAAGAAGCGAAUGUGGUAUGAUGAUCGCAGCUGGUUUCGAUACAUCAGGCCUUACAGCUUAUCAUACUCUGUAUACUCUGGCCGCACAUCCCCAGUUCCAGGCUAAAGUCUUUGAUGAGUUAACUGAAGUCUUUCCAAACUCCGCUGACUUCCAAAUAACCCACACCGAUGUGCAGAAAUUGGUUUACUUGGAUCGUGUUAUAAAAGAGACUCUACGCUUGAUUCCAGCCAUUCCAAUAACGGCGAGAGAAGCAGCAACGGAUCUUCGGCUCCCGAAUGGCGUUGUCAUUCCCAAAGGUGUCCUGAUAGGCACCGAUAUAUUCCACACCCAUAGAAACCCGGAAUUCUGGGGCCCGGAAGCAGACAUUUUUAAUCCCGAUAACUUUCUGCCCGAAAACCUACAGAAAAGGCACUCACACGCUUUUGUGGGAUUUGCGAGGGGCAAGAGAAAUUGUAUAGGAUUAAAAUAUGCCAUGCUGUCUAUCAAGUUUGUUUUAGCCAAGAUACUCAGGAACUACAGGGUAAAGACGAGCUUUCCCUUUAAGGAUCUUGUUUUCGUUGACAAUAUGACAAUGAAACUGGUGGAAUACCCACGUCUGGAAUUUCUAAGGCGAACAUAGGAUUCAGAGAAAUGUAUAUUAUUCAGUACCUUAUGGCAUUUUUGGUUCGUUUAAAUUUGGCAUCAUCUGCCAAUGAGUUUACUUGGAGGAAUAUCAUUCCUGGAGGAAUAUCAUUCGGAAUUAUUCAUGCGACCUGGUGGACGAGGUGAAACAUGCAAAACAAUUGUGCACGUGUUCACCUUUCGGAGAAUAUAUGUAAACUG